AUGGAGAGCAUAUCACUAUCCGAUUUCAUCUAUAAUCACAUCGUUAUCUUCGCAUCUCUUACCUGCGGCUGGCCAAGGGGUCGAACGCGCCCGGCCCUCGUUCAGCAACUGCGGAAGGCGCUGACGGAGGUCGGGUUCAUCUACCUCGUCGGCGUCGAAGGCUACGAUGAAGAGGAACUCCUGCGCCUCACCAAGUGGUUCUUCAGUUUACCAAUGGAGGCGAGGAUGAAGAUUUCCAAAAAGUCUUUCAAUCCGGAAUGCGAACACGAAUACAGGGGCUUUUUCCCUGUGAUUCCCGGCGAAGUUUCUCACAAGGAAGGAUUUGAAAUGGGCCCCAAAGUGGAGAACCGACCGAUUCCCGCCAAAACCGUUGCCGCUAGACUCUUUAACGAGGAUAACCAAUGGCCGACUGAAGAUCCUGCGGGAGAUGCCAAUAUGCCUAAAUAUUUCAGGACAUGGAUGGAAGAAUACCACAGAAACAUGACCGACGCCUCUUUAGAACUCCUGCGUCUCAUUGCCGAAGGGUUCCAGGCGCCCACGGACUUCUUCACGCCCAUGUUUUCGGGGAAUCACUUGUCUACGCUGCGCCUCAUUCACUACCCGCCACGCCCGAACCCGCCGGAUGAAGCGCGUGAUGGUGAUUAUGUGAUCCAAACGGCCGAACACAGAGACACAGUGAUGGUAACACUGCUGGCCACCUUCAAAAAUUACCCUGGCCUUCAAGUGCGCUGGAUAGACGACUCUCUGCUGGACGUCCCUCACCGCCCUGGCCAUCUGGUGGUCAACAUUGGGGCUCUCCUGGCCACCAUAAGCGGAGGGAAGCUGAAAGCGACGCGACAUCGCAUCAUCGACUGCUGCGGCGACCGAUUCUCAGUACCCUUUUUCUUGGAACCUCGCUACGACGCCAAUAUCAACGUGGUCUUACCUGGAGGAACGGCCGAGCUAUCCAGUGACGAGAACGAAAACGUGGAGUACGGUCCUUGGCUGUUUAAACUGACGACCAGAUUCGCCGAGUACAGAGAUCUGAUCGAAAGGGCUUCUAAGGCUAGUAUUCCUGCUUACUGAGUGGAUUGAGAAUGUUAUAUGAAUUAUGUAUAUUCUUUUUCUUAUGUGGUUUAUUCUUGGUGAUAUUAAAGAAAUUGUAGGUAUAUUAGGAGGGAUUUUAGUGUUAAAGGUAUACGGUGUUAGAGUAUCAUGGUAUUACAAGAUGCUGGCUUGUUUGAUCUGUGUAUGUAAGCCCUAGUUAUGGUAUCUCAUACAGAUAUAUAUUAUUUUUUGUGCUAUGUAUUAUAGUGUAAGGGAAUGUGUAUAUGGGUGGUCACACUAUCAAAGUUUUAUGGAACUCACUUUAAGAGAAUUAGAGGAAUCGUUAUACAAGACAGAUAACAAGUAUUCCAACAUUACAGCAUUAGAUUUACAUAAUUCUGAUAAAGUCAUAUAGAAACGUUAAUUAAAUAUCUUACCGUA